AUGCUCUACGAUCUCAACAUACCCUGGUCUCCCCAGACGACACGCGACCAGCUCAUCCAGACCCUGACGCUCGCCUCAUCGCUAGGCUACGGCACCGUCGCCCUGAACCACACCUUCACCCAGGCGCCGCCGUCCAACCCUACGGCGCCUUUCCCUAAAGACAUACCUGACCCGUCCACCGGCAGCGGCGGCAGUGGGAGGAGGUUCCCCAACGUCCUGAGGCGCGCGACUCUGCCGCUCUCGGACCCUUCAUCGUCCAACUACCGGCUCCAGACGCUGGUCAAGGCGUACGACAUACUCGCCGUGCGGCCCCAGACCGAGCGCGCCUUCUCAAACGCCUGCCUGACGCUCGACGUGCCCCUCAUCUCGCUCGACAUGACGCAGCAGCUGCCCUUCUUCCUCAAGCCCAAGACCUGCAUGGCCGCCGUGUCUCGCGGGCUCCGCUUCGAGGUGUGCUACGCCCAGGCUCUCUCGCCCUCCGCCGACCACCGCGCUCGCGCCUCCUUCAUCGCCAACACGACCGCCCUCGUCAGGGCCACCAGGGGCAGGGGCAUCGUCGUCAGCAGCGAGGCCACCGGCCCGCUGACUCUGCGCGCCCCCGCCGACGUGGCCAACCUGCUCAGCGUUUGGGGGCUCCCCGCCGAGAAGGGCAUGGAGUCCCUGGGCGCCGUGCCCCGGUCCGUCGUCGUGAACGAGGGAAUCAAGAGGUCAGGAUUCAGGGGCGUCGUCAACAUCGUCCACACCGUUCCCGCCCCGCCGCCACCCGCCUCCAAGAAUAAGGAUGCUACUGUCGCCGGGACGACCCCGUCUUCCGAGCAGGCCCAGACAGGAAACAACAACAACAGCAGCAGCAGCAGCAGCAAAUCCAAGAAGCAGAAGCGCAAAGGCGAUCAGACCCAGUCUGGGAAUGGCCCGCAUAAUAAGAAAAUGAGGGUCGUGCCGCGCGAGGCUACCUGA